AUGGAACAGCGCGUGGUUGAGUAUCGCUUUACAAACAACACUUUGGAGAAGAAGCAUAUGCUAAAGAGUUCAAUACUUCCCUGCUCUUGCAUUGAAAGUUUCCAGUUUGGUUUUUUAUAUCACAAAGACUUCAGAGAAAAGAACAGUUAUUUCCAAACAUCUUCUCAUUUUUACAAACAAAUUAGAUUCCCGGUGAUUGAAGACGAAUGCCGGGCCGGUAUUCGGUUGGGAUACCCUGAGGUUCCUUCUGGUUUCACUGGCCGAAUGGAGUUCAACGAACUUGGACGCCGACAAAAUAUGAACAUAACAGUCUGGGAAAUCGACAAGGACGGAUUUAGCGAGUUUGGAUACUACAAUGAAAAGGAUGAACUCGUUGUCACCAAAAAGUUUGCAAUGACCCAAGCGCAAAUUCAAAAGGAACUUAAGGGGCAGACGCUGCGUGUGUCAACAAUCGAAGUAAGUAAAAAAAAUUUACCUCCAGCUUCCAGUUAUCUUGUUUAA